AUGAAGGACCCGCAGCUCCCAGCCAUCAAAACGCGACUCUGGCAGAAGCAGAAGUUGAGCAGAAAACCCAACGAUGAGUCUCCAAAGGGCGAGAAGUCAGCGAAGCCCUCGUCGUCCUCAGCAGCAGCUUCUGUGCCGCCGCUGAGCGAAGCAGAGAGGAUGAACCAGACCCCGUUUGAGAGGGUCGUCUACGACAUGGCCCACAACGAGAGGAUCAUCAACGAGAUGAUGCUCGGCAGGAGGGUCGGCUUCUACGAGCUGCGAGGGGAGAUCGGCCAGGGCAACUUCUCCACCGUCAGGCUGGGCGUCCACACCUUGACUAAAGAGAGAGUCGCCGUUAAAAUCGUGGACAAGGUGCGUCUGGACAAGAAGAAGCAGGCGUUCACGUCGUCCGAGAUCGGCUGCAUGGAGAAGCUGUGCCACCCCAACAUCGUUCGGCUCUACGAGGUGAUCGAGAGCAGCCGGAAGCUCUACCUGGUGAUGGAGUACGGCAGCGGCGGGGACCUGUUCUCCAGAAUCACCACCAGAGGGAAGCUCGGCGACCUGGAGACCAAGCUGGUGUUUGCACAGGUCGUGUCCGCCGUCAAACACAUGCACGACAACAACAUCGUCCACAGAGACAUCAAGCCCGAGAACAUCUUCUACACCACCAGCUACUGCAUCAAGAUCGGCGACUUCGGCUUCAGCACGGAGAGCGGCGCUAACGAGCUGCUCACCAACUUCUGCGGCUCGCCCCCGUACGCCGCUCCGGAGCUUUUCAAAGACAAGUGUUACUUCGGGCGCUACUCGGACAUCUGGGCCUUGGGGAUCCUCUUGUACUUCAUGGUGACGGCGACCUUGCCCUUCUACGGCGACAGCAUGGGCAAGCUGAAGCGCUGCAUCCUCCAGGGCUCCUACGCCAUCCCAGCCUACGUGCCCGAUCCCUGCCAGCUGGUCAUCAAAGGCAUGCUGCGGCCGGUUCCGGUCGACCGAACCCCCCUCGCAGAGAUCAUAAACAGCGCUUGGCUCAAGGGGAUCGAAUACCCUCAGCCUUACGUGCCGCUGCCGCUGUCUCCGGCCCGCUUCGCUCAGCCCGACCAGGCGCUGUGCGUGGAGGAGCAGGAGGUGAAGGAUCUGAUGUCGGAUCUGGGUGUCGUGACGGUUCACUUCCAGAACAAUCCCUGCUUGGACGGCAGGAGCCCGCUGACGGGAACCUACCGCAUCCUCCUCCAUCGGGUCCAGAAGAGGAGGUCGGUGGAGGGCGUGGGUUAUUCUGUGCUGCACCCCGACGAGUACAAGUGGUCCGCGACGGCUGUGGACAAACACAACCCCACUGCUGUAUGCGUUGUGCUAUAA